GGGGAAGAGGAUGUUUGAAAAUAGUAUGUGGGCCGACAUCGGUUGGAUGUCGGAAAAACCACAAGAUGGCGACCACGCAAAUACGUCUUUGUUUUUCUGAAGGAAGGUGGUUAGCUCCACCUUCUCAUCCGAGCUUAGGCAUGAGACGAUCCACACUUUUCUCUCUGGCCUGUCAGGAUAAAGGGGUACUAGCUCAACGUCUUCCUCAGGCUUCCAACCUUAUUCAAGGGAGCGUUCCAGGCGGAUUUCCUCGUCUUGAUCCUGGCUCCUUAGUUGCUAUUGGGAGGUGGCAACUCCUUUUUCUUUCAUGUUUGCUUAUCCGUUGGUAG